AUGUCAGGCAGUGGUGAAGCCCUCUAUGUUGUGGAGGAAGAAACUAAAAACUGCUCCCAAAGCAUCUACUUCAGUCCAGGGGGUAGGAGAGGGGGACUGGCUGUGGGGGCCUCUUUGGAGUCUGAUGACUUUGGGAAGCUGCUCCUGGCCGAGGCCCUCCUGGAGCAGUGUUUGAAGGAGAACCACACAAAGAUAAAAGACUCCAUCCCUUUGCCAGAGAAGAAUGAGCCAAAGAUGAAUGAAGCCAGAAACUACCUGAGUAGUAUCCUUAACCACGGGAGGCUGUCUCCACAGUACCUGUGUGAGGCCAUGCUGAUCCAGGGCAAGCUGCACUAUGUGGAGGGCUCAUACCGAGAUGCUAUCAGUAUGUAUGCACGGGCUGGGAUUGAUGACAUGUCCAUGGAGAAUAAGCCACUGUAUCAGAUGCGGCUGCUGGCAGAGGCCUUUGUCAUCAAAGGCCUCUCCCUAGAACGCCUGCCCAACUCCAUUGCUUCCCGCCACCGCCUGACUGAGAGGGAGGAGGAAGUGAUCACCUGCUUCGAGAGGGCCUCCUGGAUUGCGCAGGUGUUCCUGCAGGAGUUGGAGAAGAUCACAAAUAACACCACAUCACGGCAUCUGAAAGGCUCUCACCCAGUUGACUAUGAGCUCACCUACUUCCUGGAAGCCGCCCUCCAGAGCGCUUAUGUGACAAACCUGAAGAAGGGGAACAUCGUGAAAGGGAUGAGAGAGCUCCGGGAGGUCCUACGCACCGUGGAGACCAAAGCAACUCAGAACUUCAAAGUGAUGGCGGCCAAGCAUCUGGCGGGGGUCCUGCUACAUUCGUUGAGUGAGGAGUGCUACUGGAGCCCCCUGUCCCUCCCGCUGCCUGAGUUCAUGAGCAAGGAGGAGAACUCCUUCAUCACGCAGGCCCUGCGGAAGCCUCACCUCUACGAAGGAGACAACCUCUACUGCCCGAAGGAUAAUAUUGAGGAAGCCCUCCUGCUGCUCCUCAUCAGUGAGUCCAUGGCUACCCGAGAUGUGGUGCUGAGCCGAGCACCGGAGCAGGAGGAGGACCGGGCAGUGAGCCUGCGGAACGCUGCGGCCAUCUAUGACCUCCUGAGCAUCACGCUGGGCAGGAGAGGCCAGUACGUCAUGCUCUCUGAGUGCCUGGAGCGAGCCAUGAAGUUUGCCUUUGAAGAAUUUCACCUUUGGUACCAAGUGGCCCUCUCCAUGGUGGCUUGUGGGAAGUCAGCCUACGCCGUGUCUCUGCUGCGGGAGUGCAUGAAGCUUCGGCCCUCGGACCCCACUGUGCCCCUGAUGGCUGCCAAGGUCUGCAUCGGGUCCCUGCAUUGGCUGGAGGAGGCAGAGCACUUUGCCACAAUGGUGAUCGACCUGAGGGAGGAAGCCGGGGAGUUCCUCUCCAAGGGCUACCUGGCACUGGGUCUCACCUACAGCCUGCAGGCCACUGACGCGACUCUGAAAUCCAAGCAAGACGAAUUGCACCGGAAAGCACUGCAGACGCUGGAGAGAGCCCAGCAGCUGGCGCCCGGUGACCCCCAGGUCAUCCUCUAUGUCUCCCUGCAGCUGGCCCUCGUCCGCCAGAUCUCCAGUGCCAUGGAGCAGCUGCAGGAGGCCCUGAAAAUGUGCAGGGAUGAUGCCAACGCCCUCCACCUGCUGGCACUUCUCUUCUCUGCCCAGAAACACUACCAGCAUGCCCUGGAUGUUAUCAACAUGGCCAUCACAGAGUAUCCAGAGAACUUCAACCUGAUGUUCACCAAGGUGAAGCUGGAGCAGGUCCUGAAAGGCCCGGAGGAAGCCCUUGUGACCUGCAGACAAAUGCUGCGGCUGUGGCAGACCCUGUACAGCUUCUCCCAGCUGGGAGGCCUGGAAAAGGAUGGGAGCCUCGGCGAGGGUGUCACACUGAAGAAGCAGAGUGGCAUGCAUCUGACUCUGCCCGAUGCCCAUGAUGCAGACUCCGGGUCUCGGCGCGCAUCAUCCAUCGCAGCCUCCCGGCUGGAGGAGGCCAUGUCAGAGCUGACUAUGCCGAGCUCAGUCCUGAAGCAGGGCCCCAUGCAGCUGUGGACCACGCUGGAACAGAUCUGGCUCCAGGCUGCUGAGCUGUUCAUGGAGCAGCGACACCUCAAGGAAGCGGGUUUCUGCAUCCAGGAGGCAGCGGGCCUCUUUCCCACCUCACACUCGGUACUCUACAUGCGGGGCCGGCUAGCCGAGAUGAAGGGCAGCUUGGAGGAGGCCAAGCAGCUGUACAAGGAGGCACUCACGGUGAACCCCGACGGUGUGCGCAUCAUGCACAGCCUGGGUCUGAUGCUGAGUCGGCUGGGCCACAAGAGUCUGGCCCAGAAGGUGCUGCGGGACGCCGUGGAGAGGCAGAGCACCUGCCACGAGGCCUGGCAGGGUCUGGGCGAGGUGCUGCAGGCCCAGGGCCAGAGCGAGGCCGCCGUCGACUGCUUCCUCACUGCCCUCGAGCUGGAGGCCAGCAGCCCAGUGCUGCCCUUCUCCAUCAUCCCCAGAGAGCUGUGACAUUGCACAGCAGCAGCAGGGUGGGAGGGGGCUGCCCUAAGGAGUGGGGGGCAGGCAGAUGCAGGCAGGCAGCAGGGAGUACAGGGCAGGGGUGAUGUGGGACCUCAGAAAAAUACAUCUCUAGGGAACACUUCUGCAGGCUGCAGCCCUACUUCUCCUCGCCUCCCCCACUCCAGCCCUGCUUUCCUUCCAGGGACAGCUGGGUCCGGGAGCUGCUCUUCUGGAGCUGGGUGGACCAGAUUUGCAUCAAAAGCAAAUUCUUUGCUCCUUGGGAUUCAGACCGACAUUGUGGCGUUUAUGAGCAAGGAAGUAGCUGGGAAGC